GAAGGGGGACAGCCCGGCGCAGUCCCUCAGGCGGCGGGGGGACGCCCUGUCCGAAGCCCCUCGGAGCCGCUCGGUGCCGCCCAGCCGGUAACUUCCCGGCACGCACAUGACGGGCCCGCGGCACCGGGACGCGGCGAGCACCGGCGCGGGGGCGGGCGCGGGGGCGGGCGGAGGGCGGGGGCAGGGAAGGGGCGCGGCCGCGCGCCCCGCCGCCCCCCGCCGCCCCCCGCCGCGGCCGCCACUUCCCGCGGGCGUCGCUCGGCGGCGGGCGCUGCCUCCGCAGGAAGCGGCCCCGCGCCCGCCCCUCCUGCGCCCGGCGACGGGCACAUGCACUGUGCGGCGCGGCGGCGGGAUGGCUCCGGCUCCGGUCCCGGCUCCGGUCCCGGCUCCGGCGGCAGGCGCUGAGCCGCGGCCCCCCGCGCUGCUGCCGCUGCUGCUGCCGCUGCUGCCGCUGCUCCUGCCCGGCCGAGCCGCCGGCCUGGAGGUGCAGCGCAAGUUCCUCUCGCCCACCCUCACCAACAACUUUGCGCUGGACGGCCCCGGCUCCCGCGUUUACCUGGCGGCCGUCAACCGGCUGUUCCAGCUGUCGGGGGGCGAGCUGGCACUGGAGGCGGAAGCGGCGGUGGGGCCGGUGCUGGACAGCCCGCUGUGCCACGCACCGCAGCUGCCGCAGGCCUCCUGUGAGCACCCCAGGGUGCUCACCAACAACUACAACAAGAUCCUGCAGCCGGACCCGGAGCAGGGCGUCCUUGUCGUCUGCGGCUCCAUCUACCAGGGCCUCUGCCAGCUGCGCAGCAUGGCAAACAUCUCGGCAGUGGCCGUGCGCUUCCCGCCGGGCGGGAGCGACUCGGUCGCUGUCUUCCCUAGCAUGCUGAACGUCGCGGCCAACCACCCCAACGCCUCCACCGUGGGGCUGGUGCUGCGCCGCGGCGGUGGCGGCGGGGCGCGGCUGCUGGUGGCCGCCACCUACACCGGCUUCGGCAGCCCCUUCUUCCCCCGCAACCACAGCCUGGAGGACCACCGCUUCGAGAACACGCCCGAGAUCGCUAUCCGUGCCCUCAACGCCCGCGGCGACCUGGCCAAGCUUUUCACCUUCGACAUCAACCCCUCCGACGACAACAUCCUCAAGAUCAAGCAGGGCGACAAGGCGCGGCACAAGCUCAGCUUCGUCCGCGCCUUCUUGCAGCACGGGGCCGCGCCGCCCGCGCGCCGCCCGUACGCCUACCUGGCGCUCAACACUGAGGCUAACGCGGGCGACAAGGAGAGCCCGGCGCACAGCCUGCUGGCCCGCAUCUGCCUGGGCGAGCCAGCCGAGGCCACCCUCAACGGCAGCGGCGAGACCAAGAAGCUGACCGAGUCCUACAUCCAGCUGGGGCUGCGCUGCGGCGGCGCCGCCGACGCCUUCACCCGCCUCGUCUCCGUCUUCCCGGCGCGGGCGGCUUGGCGCAGCCCCGCCGCCCCUCACGGCCCGGCCCUGGCCCCGCCGGCCCCCGAGGAGCUGCUCUUCGGCGUCUUCGAGCGGGCCGGACCCGCCGGCGGCCGGGGCCGGCCGCAGUCCGCGCUCUGCGUCUUCCGCUUCGCCGAGAUCGAGGAGACGAUCCGGGCCGCCCGCAACUCCUGCUUCGUCAGCCCGGCCGCCGGCAUGGUUACCGUGCUGGACAGCGUGGUGCAGGGCACCGGCCCGGCCUGCGAGAAGAGAAAUAUACAGCUGCAGCCGGAGCAGCUGGACUGUGGAGCCGCUCACCUUCAGCACCCACUGGCCAUCGUGAACCCCGUCACAGCCACCCCCAUCUUCACCCACAGCGGCCUGACUGCAGUGGCAGUGGCCAGUGUCAACAACUACACCGUCGUGUUCCUGGGCACGGCCAGCGGAGGACUCCUGAAGAUAAACCUGGACAGUACGAUGAAAGUUAUUAGCAGGAGAUCCAUUUUGGUGGCUUAUGGAGAGCCUGUCCAUCCCAUCAUGCAAUUUGACCCUUCUGAUUCCACUUACCUCUACCUGAUGACCUCUUACCAGAUGACACGGGUGAAGGUGGCUGCCUGCAGCCAGUACUCGACGUGCACGGAGUGCCUGGCUGCCGCUGACGCCUACUGCGGGUGGUGCACGAUGGAGACCAGGUGCUCUCUGCAGCACGAGUGCACCAACUUCACAGGGGCCAACUUCUGGGCGAGUGUGAGUGAAGGAGUGCAGCAGUGCCCUUCCAUGACCAUCCUGGAGCCUGAGAUCAAUAUUGACAAAGAGAACCCGGCCCUGAUAAUACAAAUAAAUGGAACUAUCCCGAACCUGAAUGGAACAAAUAUUUCAUGUGACUAUGGAAACAAUAUCUACACAGUAGCCAGAGUUGCUGGGGAUUAUGUAAACCAAUUUAUUUAUUGCAGUUUGCUUCCACAUGAGAAAUAUCCAGCAUUUCCUGAUGACCAAGACCACGUGGUUGUCGAAACUUCUCUCCGGGUCAACAACAAAAACAUAAUCCGGGCCAAUUUCACCAUCUAUGAUUGCAAAAGGAUUGGGAACAUUUACCCGAAGAGAGCGUGCACCAGCUGUCUCUCAGCCAGGUGGAAGUGUCACUGGUGCCCCUCCGCCUACAGCUGUGUGUCCAACCGCUCGCAGUGUGAGGAUGCGCUGCGGAUGGAGCAGAAGAAAAUUGACUGUCCUCAAAUAGUACCUGCCCCUUUGGAGCCGAUGCCCACGGGUGUAUCUCGGAACAUCCUGAUCUCACUGGCCAAUGCAACUUUCUCUAAGGGGACAGCUCUGGAGUGCCAUUUUGGGACAGACGGGACAUUUGAAGCCCGGUGGGUGAACUCCUCUGCCGUGGAGUGUGUACAUGUGCUGCUUCACACAUCAGAGAAAAGCCAUCGCUUCCCAGUGAACCUCCAGCUGAAGGACAAACCAGACAGAUUUAUCGACAGUCCGGGGAUGAUGACAGUGGAGGUGUACAACUGUGCGACUGGCAGUGCCGACUGCUCCCAGUGCUUGGGCAGGGAGGACCUGGGGCACCGCUGCCUCUGGAGUGAGACCAGCUCCAGCUGCAGGCUGCAAACCGAGCCUCCACAGGUCUCUGAAGUCUGCCCACCUCCUGAGAUUCGCAAGAUCGAGCCGCUGCGCGGGCCUCUGGAGGGGGGCACGCUGCUCACCAUCCGCGGGAGGAACCUGGGCCGCCGCUUCAGCGACAUCCUGGGCGCCGUCCGCGUGGGCGGCGUGCUCUGCGCCCCGCUGCCCGACAGAUACGUCGUCUCCGAGACAGUCGUGUGCCAGACCGGAGGGGCUCCGGAGGCGUUUUCGGAUGUGGUCACGGUUAACGUGAGCCGGGAAGGGAGGUCCAGGGAACGGUACUCCUACGUGCUUCCCGUGGUGCAGUCCAUAGCUCCUCAGAAUGGCCCGAAGGCAGGAGGAACAAGAGUGACCAUCAGAGGCAGCAGGCUGGAUGUUGGCUCAGAGCUCCGUGUCCUCAUCAACUCCUCCAAGCAGUGCACGGACCUCAGCCGCACCGACAGCACCAUCACCUGCACCAUGCCCGCCGUGGAGCUCACCACAGCCGUGCCAGUCUGCGUGCAGUUCGAGAACAAGUCUUGUGCCAGCCACAACAUCACUUUCAAGUAUGAGAAGAACCCAGUUAUAUCAGACAUCAACCCCAAAAAGAGCCUGAUCAGCGGGGGCAGGAUCAUCACCCUGGAAGGAAGAGGUUUUGGGCUGGUGCAGAACGUGUCCAUGGCUGUCCGUGGCAUCGGCAGAGAGCACACGCGCUGUAAGGUGCACACGGACACGGCCAUCACCUGCCCCUCUCCAGCUGCCUCCAACCUCACUGUGGGGAGCAAGCCAGCCCCUGUUGAUUUCUACCUCAACGGGCGCCUCUACUCUGACGAGCGCUCGGCCCUGGACGAGGAGAUGUACUCCGAGGAGGCCUCGCACAUCAGCAAGUUCAGCCUGAGCUACUACGCUGACCCCCAGUUCUCCACAGCCAAGAAGGAGAAGUGGAUCAAGCACCAUCCUGGCGAGCCCUUAACUCUGGUCAUACAUAAAGAGCCUGACAGCCUGGGCCUGGAAAGCAAUGAAUACCAGGUGAAAAUCGGCCUGAUCUCAUGUGAGAUCCAGAUUGUUUCAGACAGAGUCAUCCACUGCUCCAUCAACGAGUCGCUGAGCUCCUCAGAGAGGCAGCUGCCGGUGACGAUCCAAGUUGGAAAGUUCAACUACACAAUUGCCAUGCUGCACCUUGGGGGAGGAGAGACUGCGAUCAUUGUCUCCAUCGUUAUCUGCAGCAUCCUGCUGGUGCUCUCUGUUGUAGCUCUCUUUGUAUUCUGCACAAAGAGCCGCAGAGCUGAGCGCUACUGGCAGAAAACCCUGCUCCAGAUGGAGGAGAUGGAGUCACAGAUCCGAGAGGAAAUCCGCAAAGGUUUUGCAGAGCUGCAGACAGACAUGACAGACCUGACCAAGGAGCUAAACCGCAGCCAGGGGAUCCCCUUCCUGGAAUACAAGCACUUUGUCACCAGGACAUUCUUCCCCAAAUGUUCCUCUCUCUACGAGGAGUGCUACAUCCUGCCAUCCCAGCAGCUCAGCUCACAGGUGGGCUCCCAGGUCCAGGAAACACAUCCACUCCUGGUGGGGGAGUGGAAGAUCCCUGAGAACUGCAGACCCAACAUGGAAGAAGGAAUUUCUCUGUUCUCCACCUUACUCAACAACAAGCACUUUCUUAUCGUAUUUGUCCAUGCUCUUGAGCAACAGAAGGACUUUGCUGUCAGAGACAGGUGUAACCUGGCCUCCCUGCUUACUAUUGCAUUGCAUGGGAAAUUGGAGUAUUACACCAGCAUCAUGAAGGACCUCUUGGUGGAUCUAAUAGAUGCUUCAGCUUCCAAAAACCCCAAGCUUAUGCUGAGGAGGACAGAAUCUGUGGUGGAGAAGAUGCUCACCAACUGGAUGUCCAUCUGCAUGUACAGCUACCUCAGAGAGACAGUUGGAGAGCCCUUCUUCCUGCUGAUCUGUGCCAUCAAACAGCAGAUUAACAAGGGUUCCAUCGAUGCCAUUACGGGGAAGGCCAGGUACACCCUCAAUGAGGAGUGGCUGCUGAGGGAGAACAUAGAGGCAAAGCCAAGGAACCUCAACGUCUCCUUCCAAGGCUGUGGGAUGGACUCCCUGAGUGUCAGAGCCAUGGACACAGACACACUGAGUCAAGUGAAAGAGAAAAUUCUGGAGGCCUUCUGCAAGAACGUCCCCUACUCCCAGUGGCCAAGGGUGGAAGACGUUGACCUCGAGUGGUUCGCCACCAGCACUGACAGCUACAUCCUGCGGGACCUCGAUGACACCUCGGUGGUGGAGGACGGCAGGAAGAAACUCAACACAUUAGCACAUUACAAGAUCCCUGAAGGAGCAUCCCUGGCCAUGAGUUUGACAGACAAGAAGGACACCACGCUGAGCAGAGUGAAGGAUUUGGACACUGAAAAGUACUUCCACUUGGUUCUCCCAACUGAUGAAUCAGUGGAACAUAAGAAGUCCCACAGACAGAGCCAUAGGAAGAAGGUUCUUCCAGAGAUCUACCUGACACGGCUACUCUCCACCAAGGGGACACUCCAGAAGUUCCUGGAUGACUUGUUCAAAGCCAUUCUCAGUAUCCGAGAUGAUAAACCACCCGUGGCUGUGAAGUAUUUCUUUGACUUCCUAGAGGAACAGGCAGAGAAGAGAGGGAUCACAGACCCUGACACUCUGCACAUCUGGAAGACCAACAGCCUACCACUGAGGUUUUGGGUCAACAUCCUGAAGAACCCCCAGUUUGUCUUCGACAUUGACAAGACAGACCACAUCGACGCCUGUCUGUCUGUGAUCGCCCAGGCCUUCAUCGACGCCUGCUCGCUCUCCGACCUGCAGCUGGGCAAGGACUCCCCGACCAACAAGUUGCUGUAUGCCAAGGAGAUCCCUGAGUACCGGAAGAUAGUGCAGAGAUACUACAAGCAAAUCCACGACAUGCCCCCUCUGAGCGAGCAGGAGAUGAACGCCCACCUUGCCGAGGAGUCACGGAAAUACCGAAAUGAGUUCAACACCAACGUCGCCAUGGCUGAGAUAUACAAAUACGCCAAGAGAUACCGCUCCCAGAUCGUGGCCGCCCUGGACGCAAACCCCACAACAAAGCGCACUCAGCUCCAGCACAAAUUUGAGCAAGUGAUUGCUCUCAUGGAGGACAACAUCUAUGAGUCCUGCAGUGAAGCCUAGGCUGGCUGCAGCCCUAGAAGUGACCUUUCUUGCAGCACAGUGCCGCCUUCAGCCGCAGGCUUACCUUGGUCAUACUCAGACCAGCCUGGUGGAGGGGGUGGCCCUGGCCGUGGCUACAAGUUUGCCUCACUUCACCAGAAGCCACAAGACACCUUUCCGAGCAGCUAAAACUCUUCUGGUCUGCACUGUGGCACCCAUAAUUUAUUUGCUGUUGCCAGCCAGAAAUGGAGGCAUGACCCUUGUGGCAAGCUCAGUUCACCACUUUCCCCUUGGUCAGCACCCGAGCCGUCAGCACUCCGUGCAUCCCUGGUGCGUGGUUCCUCGGGACGGGGCUGCAGAGGCUGGAACAACAGACACAAAGCAGAAGGGUCACCUCAGGGAGUAACGACUACAGACAGCAAAGACCAUCACAGCCUGAGCUCCCACUCCAUCCCUCCAACAUCCUUGUUUUUCCAGCAUCAGGGACUCUUAUCAGCUGUUCACUAUCUGCUGCAUUCUGUGUAUAUUUGUGCCUUUUAAUUUUUGUACUGUAUGUGUAAACAUAACCACUCCUCCAUUUGAGACUUGGGCAACACAGGGAACUCGAGGUUGAGACAAAGCCGUUGCCUCCCAAGCAGCUAAGGCAAGGUGGAAGCACUUUAUCCCAAGCGGAGACAGCUGUUUGGGAGCUGCAGGGAGCCCAGUCUGUGCUAGCACGGGAAGGGCUGUUCUGCCUUUCCUGGGCUCUCGUGUCUCGUGCGUGGCUGGAGCGCAGCAGGGAGGUGGACAUUGCACCAGCCGGGGUGCAGCGGGCGGGGAAGGACCUGCCCGCCACGCUGGCUCCGUGUGUCCGUGGCACCUCAGCCUGUUUGUGCCCGUGGGGCCUGCUGACAGCCUCUGACAGUGGCCUCAAGCCACACGCAGGGCAAACACCAGGUAGCAUUGUCUCUGCCUCUCCCUGUGACCAUCACCAAACAUCAGGCCAGUCCUGCAGAGGUGUCGCCUAAAGCGGCUUGUUCUGCGUGCUUUGGGCCCAGCCCUGUGGCUGGCACCUGAGAGCAGCCAGGACACUGCAUGGCCAGCCUGCUUUCAGCCCUUAAGGGCAGGGGACUGGCCCAACCACUGCCAGCCCAGCAGUGACACAGGCCAGCGGGGCAUCUCCAGCACCCAGAGCUGCAAACUAAGGCAGAGAGUCCCAGCUCCGGCUGGGGUCACUGAGAGGGUCCCAGCGGCAGACAAAUGGAGCUUGCCCAGGACUAGACGCCCCAGUGCCACCCUGGCAACCCAGCUUGGUGGCCAGUUCUCCCUCCUGCAGCCUGGGGAGCAGUGACCGCUCAGGCCCCCGCAGAGGCUGGUCGCAGGCAGCGCCACGCGUCCAAACCAGCAUUCCUGCAGGGCAAGGCUCCUGCCCACGGCGUGGCCACCACGGCUGGAACGCCAUACGGCAAAAAACACAGUUACUACCUCACUGCAGGAGGGUCUAAGGGAAGCCUCUGGUAGUCAUCCAGCUGGCUAGGGCGCAGUCUGGCUUUGGAUGACGCUGUCCACCAAAACCCCUGGGUGAUUCACUGCCACGGACAGGUGGCCUCCAUGCCGUCAUUUCCAGUAGUGCCACAUUUGUCAGAAACCAGAACAUCAGAGUUGUGUAUGUGUACAUAGAUAUCUAUUUUAAAACAAACAGUAGACUUUAUCCAGUAUGUUAAAAGGUGGGGAGGGAGGGGAGGGAAAGGGGAAGAACAGAGUUUUUUUAAAGAGAACUACAGAAAAAGUACUUACACUGUGGAGGUCUCAAUGUCUUUGCUGAGGAUGUGGCUUCAGAAUAGAAACUCUAAUAAUGUAGCUGGGCUACAUUUUAUUUUGAAAGUAAUUUCACAAAAAUUUCUUGAUGUUUUUGUCUUUUAGAAACUGUGAAUAGUUGCCAGAGAUGUAGGCAGGCCCAGCACAAGAAAGGCCAGGGUGAGAAGGACCAAGGUAGCAGAGAAUGUUGAGCUUGGCUGGAGGCAGGGAAACGGCCAUGGAGCUAUAGCCCCAUGUUGUUUGUUACAGGGAAAGGAUACAGGUGAGUAAAUAGAGUUUGCCUCCAGGUGCUGUGGCUGGGCCAUGUAUUGGGGCUAUUGUUUUAUUAUUUAAUUUUUUUUCCAAAACCAAAAAAAAAAAAAGGAAAGAAAAAAAAAUAAGUAGUUGCUACAACCAUUUAAAGGAACAACUUUAGCAGAGGGUUUGUAGUGUUGCCUUGAACCUCCGAGCCCUUUGUAAGGUGUUUUUAAACAUUGGCACGUGUUGUGGGUGUAGUGCCCUUACCUGCUGUGUAGUGGAAGUGGCAGACUCCUGGCAAAGCCUAUCUUUGUAAUAAAACAAGGUGCUGAA